AUGGCGGAGACCGUCAGCUCUGCAAGAUCUCCACUGUCAGCCAAAAGAACGGCACUUCUUGAGACGGCUCGCAAAGGCGCAAUGGAUGCCAAGAUAAUGGACCGUCUUGUGCUUAGGGGCGUGGAGGAUCUUGCUGUUGGCAUUGAAGCGGCGGGAAACGAUUUUAUCCUCGUUUCGGCAUGGAUAUAUCUGGCCACGCCGAUGAAAAAGGAGCCACCGUUGGACUUCACCAGAAACGCAAUAGAGCUCUUCUUGCCUGUAUCGGGAACAUUACGGAAACACAUUGAGAGGCAGGCAAAACUGACCAAGAUUGACCAGCUGGCCCUGGACGAGUUUCUUGACCAUGUGCCAAUAGCUUCUCCUAGAGAAUUGGCAUUAGAUUACCUCUUACACCGAGACCACCACGUUUUGGUAAAACUAUGCACACAGAAAAUCCUGAAGCUGGUUAUCGACGCUGCUCAGCUGGAAAACGAGAAAAGCAUGUUGCUGGUCGAGAUGCUUGUGGACCAACUGCGCCCGCUGGCAGGGUUUGACAAAAUAGAGCAUCUGAAUUGGUGCGCAGGUCGUACAUUCUCUCUGGAAACAUGGCUUCGAGCCAGGACCAAGAGACUGGGCUUUUCGCUCUGGGUCUGCUUUUCAACCUCCAAGAGCACGUUUCCUGGCCAGAGAACGCCAAACCGCUCUUUGAAGAGCUGCUACAGUCGGUUAAAAUCGAGCAAAAUCUGCAGAAUGCCACAAGAGUUCAUGCUAUAG